AUGGCCGCUCCCCAAAUGCUGCUUGUCGCCCUGGCGUCCUUUGCCGUUGGCAGCUCUGCGGCGAAGGUUCACUCAACCAGAGGCGCCUUGUCCAUGUCCUUCGAUGACUUUGUUGCUCUGCAUGCUCGAAGCUACAGCAAAGGGUCUCAGGAAUAUCAUGAGCGUGCUGCUCUCUUUGAAGCUCGCAGAACGGCAGCGCUAGUGCAAAACAACAGGUCUGAUGCGAAGUGGUCUGCAGCGAUCAAUAAGUUUUCCGACCGCAAGGAGGAGGAGCUGAAGCUCAUGCACGGCUACAAGCCCGCACAGGUACGGCAGUCGUCAGGUCUCUCUUUUGCUGCAGAGGAGGAGGACCACUCUCGUUUGAAAGCGGCCCUCCCGGACAAGGUGGACUGGCGCCAUUUGAGCGAUGCCCACGUGAUUGUGGAGCAGGGGGGUUGUGGCUCGUGCUGGGCCAUUAGUGCCACAACCGUCUUGAACGCGCACAGUGAGAUUCACCGUGGACGGGCAAGGAGAUUCUCCAGCCAGGAGUUGGUAAACUGCGUUCCCAAUCCUCAAGAAUGCGGCGGUCAGGGUGGCUGCAGUGGGGCCACUGUGGAGCUGGGCAUCGGCUGGGCAGUACAGCAUGGUCUGAGCUUGGAGACGACGGUGCCGUACUUGGCCCAGGAUGACAGCUGCUCUAACUCCUUCCUGCAAGUGCAGGGUCUUCGAGGUUCGACAGCUGGAGGAGCUGCCUUCGGGUUGACCGGUUUCAGGGUCCUACCCAGCAACAAGGAGGAGCCAUUGGCCCGAGCGCUUGUGGAGCUAGGACCUGUUGCCAUAUCUGUGGCAGCAAGCAAUUGGUUCAGCUAUGAUGGUGGAGUGUUUGACGAGUGUGACAACAUUGUAAACCACGCUGUUGCCCUGUACGGGUAUGGCAGGGAUUCUUCGCAUCGAUGGUGGCUCGUGAAGAACAGCUGGGGCUCGGACUGGGGUGAACUCGGCUACAUCCGUGUCCUGCGGCGAGAGCAUGAGGACCAGCACUGCGGGAUUGACAAUGAGCCAGACAAAGGCAUUGCUUGCAAGGGCGGCCCCAAGGAGGUCACAGUUUGUGGGACUUGCGGCAUCCUCUACGAUUCCGUGGUGCCCCAGUUUGACGAAUCGAAGGAGGCAUAG